AUGCCUAUUGUAAUGGACACUCCCAGAAAUCUUCUGGAACGACGCUGUGGAUACUGUCACGGCAGCAAACCAGAUUAUUUUGCUCUUGAAAGUGUAAAGAAUCACCAUGAUAGCAACACGCAUUCCCAAUCGGUAAUUCUUGGCACAUCAGUACUUUCUAUGUCAUCCAAAGAUUAUGAUGAGUUGAUAAACAUGGGAUUCAGAAGAUCAGGUAUAUUUUUGUACAAGCCUGAUUUGCUACGUACUUGUUGUCGACAAUAUACUAUCCGGACCCGAUUCGACUACUUGAAAUUAACCAAGGAACAUCGCAAGGUCAUCAAUAGAUUCGUCAAGGAGAUAUGUCCGGAAAUGGUACCGAAUCAUGAGCCUAAGAAAGGUAUUGCAUUUGAUUUCUCAAAAUUGAUUAAAGCACAACAGAAAUCAACCAGAUUUAGAACUAGAUUCGAACCAUCGGGGUUCUCGCAGGAAAAAUAUGAGUUAUUUAAAAAGUAUCAGAUUAGUGUGCAUGGAGAUAAGCCAGAAGAAGUUGAAGAAAAGUCUUUCCGUCGAUUCUUAUGUGAUUCUCCAUUCCCAAUGAGCGAAGUUACUGGAAACGAACAACAAUUUGCAUUUCUCCAGAACUGGGUAAAGAAUUGGCAACCUGAUCAAGAAAAUCCCACUUCACCUAAUAGAAGAAUCGGUCCUACUCAUGAAUUAUAUUAUCUUGAUGACAAAUUAAUUGCAUUCUCAGUACUUGAUUUCUUACCCACUGGAGUCUCGUCAAUUUACUUUGUCUGGGACCCAGAUUAUGCCCACUUAUCACUAGGCACUCUUUCUGGACUCAAGGAAAUACAAAUGUGUCAUGAAUUAAAUCUAGGGUAUUACUACUUGGGUUACUACAUUGACGAUUGUACCAAGAUGAAAUACAAGGCUAAAUUUGGAGGUGAAGUUUUGGAUGUAUGUAAUGAAGUGUAUUUCCCUAUGGAUAUGGUUAAACCCUACAUGGCUAAUGGCAGAUUGUUUGUCAUUGGCGAUAAAGAAGAGAAUGUCAACCAUGAAUUGGAAUUGGAUAAUGAUGGUCAUCCUGUAGAUUACACAGAAAGUCCAUUUUUUCAACGUCCGCUAAUCAACAUUGCUGAAUCACUUUACAACAGCCCUGACAUCAAAGAAGCAGCGAGAAUGGCCGGAGAGUUGCUUAAACGAAAGUAUCAAAUAGCACAUAGUGCUUUUGAACCAAAUAAUAUUCCUCUUAUUGCCCCAGGAAUCAUCCCACUUACCCAGAUUUUAACCUGGCUUCAAACUGGAAUUAUUGAUAAUAACUUCCAAGUCAAAAUCUUCUAUCUGUAUGAAAAUAUAACAGAUUCGUUUAUAUGGAAAGAGUUAACGGCCGAGGAAAGAGCGAUAGUGGUUGAUUGCAUUAGAUUGUUUGGGUUAGACAAAGUACAAAAUGGAUUGAUUAUCAUGUAA